ACGGUUGCCUCGUACAGCCGCAGCGCAGACGACCCCGUCCCGUUCGCCAGGGACACCCGAUAAGGGGAAGCCGCGUCCCACCGAGGACAAUGACGGGCCACCGAGGCCGGCGGCGGGACCGCAGCCACCGGCGACGUGACCGCGAGGACCGCAGUCCCGCCGCGGCGAAGUCGCUGUCCCCGCGACGCCACCGAAUCGGCGGUCGCAAGCGACGCUCGACGUCCCGGCGCUCCUCCUCUGCCUCCCAUUCCUCAUCGCGCAGUGAGAGGGGACGACGCCUGGCCGUCGCCAGCGCCGCCUGGCUCCUGGCCGCGGCGCUCACCGUCCUGGGGGGCGUUGGCAUCGGCAUGCUGGCCGUGCGCUACGCCGACUUCUUCCAGCGCGUGGCGACUCCCGCGGCGCCUUCGCCCCGGAGCUACCGCCCGGCGCCAAGGUUGGACGCCGACGGCUCCUACAUGGACUCGCCGGGCUUCAUCAAGAACAAGGGUGCUGACGCCGCUCCGGUGGAGACGUGCGACUCGGACGUCUGCCUCUGGGAAGGGCGCAACUUGUACGAGAAGUUCAACGAGUCCGUGAACCCCUGCAACGACUUCUACGGCUACGUGUGUGGCUCGAGCAGCUGGUACCGGGACAACCAGCGCAUCGACACUCGACCCUACCGCAUACACAGCCCCGGACAGCUCAUGUUCGACCUGGCCGACCUGCAGCAGCGCCUGUACCGACUUCGCCGUGACCGGUACCAGGAACAGCCGACACUCUUCACCAACCAGGUCGCCGACGCCGACAGCUUUUUUGGUGGAUGCAACCUCAAGAAAGGGGAGGGUCUGCUUCCACACGUGUAUGGCGUUGAAGAAAUUGAGGACGCUACUGUUCUUCCUCAGCAAUUGCACCCAACCGGAGAAGAACGAGUCAGUCUGGGUGACCCUGAAGAAGAUCUUCGUCGAGAACCUGCUCCAAGGCUGGCCUUUCAAGAAGGACCCGAAGAUGUUGAGGAUCUCGGACACGGCCAUGGUCCUGGACAAGUACGUCGGUCUGUUCGCCUUCGUCAGGGUGUCCCUGCGCAAGGACCUCGAAGACGACGACUACGAGGUACAUUGGAGGCUCCGGAGCUGAUGCUCAAGAGGCACCAGCUCGUGUACCCGAACGAGUCGGUGGCCGACUACGCCAAACGGGUCGAGAGGCUCAUGUCCAUCUUCACCGACGCCAGCAUGGUCAAGGCCGCCGAGGACGUCGUGCAGCUGGAGCAGAGACUCCUGCAGAUCAAGCUGCCUCGGAGAUUUCUGCCGUACGACAACCGGACGGCCACCAUCAAAGAGCUCCAGCGCCGCAAUGCGUGGCACUGGCUGACCUACCUGAACUUCCUGCUGGAGGACGCGGGCGUCCAGUUCCACCGUCAGUCAAGCGUGGUCGUUUUGGACCGCGAGUACGUCGCGCGCCUCUCCCUCCAGCUGAGCAAGUUCUCGGGCAAGACCCUGCUCAACUACCUCGGCUACGCCCUGAUAGUCAAGUUCUCCCCCCUCCUCCCCAGCGACGUCGACUUCGUCGUUCCGCUGAGCCACGAAAACUACCUUGAGAAGGUGCCCGUGCGCCUGCAGGCGUGCGUCCACAUGCUCGAAGACCUGUGCCCCUACUUGGUACGCAAGAUGGCGCGCAUGACGAUCGGCCGAGAGAACGCGACCACGCCUCAAUGGCACUACGACGAAGAGAUGCACAAGCUGAUCUACCUCGUCAGGGAAAGCAUGAAGCAGACGGUCCAGAGGGCACCCUGGCUGAGUCAGGCCGAAGUGGACGCUGCGUCGCAGAAGAUCGACAAGCUUCGAGUUGACUUUCUGGCCGCCAGGGAGAGCGAGGAGCAGGUGAACGCCUACUACCCGCAGUUUGUGAGUCCGUUCCCGGCCAGCGACGCGCUGCUGGGCUACUACAAGCUGCUGAACGAGACCAUGUCCUUCUACUGGAUCACAAACUCGUCGUAUGACCUGGACGCCCGCUACCAGGCGUCCUCUCUGGUCGCCGGAGAGGUCGAGUACGCCGCCGAGAAGAACCUCAUCUUUAUUCCGCACGGCCUCAUUGCGUUCGCCAGCAACAUCACGCCGACGUUCGACCCUCUCUUCGUGCCGAUCAUCGUGCCCCCCAUCUUGCGUGCCAUGUUCGCCGCCGUCGACCGGCGCGGUUCAACCGUCACCUUCCAGAAUCAGGUGGUGAACUGGUGGUCUAACGCUAGCCGGUCCAAGUUCGCCUCGAAACUGCAGUGCUUCCAGGAUCAAUACGCAGCAGAGGCGCAGACCGCACUGGCCGUCGACAUCGACGAGGACUUCUUUCUGGACGAGAACGUCGCGGACAACGCUGUCUUGCACCCGUUGCACGACGUCUACCGCAAGGCGAUGCACCUGGUACGCCACACGCCACGCGACUCCCGGGUUCCGGGCCUGGAGUCCCUGACCAUGGACAAGCUGUUCUUCGUCAACUACGCCAUGGCCCACUGCGACCGCAUCAGCCCCAACCUGGAUCGCCGGCGAGUGCUCUACAAAGACGGAGUGCCGGCCAAGCUGCGCGUGAACGUGCCUCUCAAGAACUACCCGAAGUUUGCCGAGGUCUUCAAGUGCCAGCGAAACGCGCCCAUGAACCCGGAGAACCGUUGCGAGCUGUGGUGAAGCGAGAAUAAAGGCGUCGC